CUUCAUAUGUCAGCUUCUCUGGUGUUCUUCAUAUGUCAGCUUCUCAGGUGUUCUUCAUAUGUCAGCUUCUCUGGUGUUCUUCAUAUGUCAGCUUCUCAGGUGUUCUUCAUAUGUCAGCUUCUCAGGUGUUCUUCAUAUGUCAGCUUCUCAGGUGUUCUUCAUAUGUCAGCUUCUCUGGUGUUCUUCAUAUGUCAGCUUCUCUGGUGUUCUUCAUAUCUAGUGUUUUGGGACUCGCCCCUUCCAAAAUCAUGUGAUUCAGCUUGCUCCAAUCCCCUCCAUAUCAUGUUCUCAGGUGUUCCAAUCCCCUCCAUAUCAUGUGAUUCAGUUCUUCAUUGUUCCAAUCCCUCCCAAUCAUGCUUGCUUCAGGUGUUC